GAAAUCCAAAAUUUUUUCCAAACUAAACAAGGCCUUAUUUAAACAAUAUAUAAAAUCGAAAAUAAAAAAGAUUCUCUUCCCUACACUUGCCAUGGGCGGUGGUGGGCCGAAUUGUCCCAUUCCAACGCCCCCGCAAGUUCGGGCCCGUUUAGUGGUGGCCCCCUAACCCUAUCUGCGGGACCCAUCAUCCAGAGAGAUUGAAGAAAACGCCGGGCGAGUUCUCUCCCAAAAGACGGCGCCGCCGCCAAAUCAAAACAGAGAGACAGACCCCACGCGGAGAAGGGGAGCCCAAGCGGAGGCGAAUCCGAUCUCUCAAUGGAGUCCCGGGCGGCUGGCAGGGGUGAGGAGGGCACGAAGGCGCUCUACCUCGGCAACGGUAGUGCGGCGGGAGCCGUGGCGGUAGAUGCGAUGGUCUCGAUGGAGGCGGGCGGGUCCGGCCUGCCGAAGCCGGAGCCCGUGUCGGUGGAGUUCCUGAGCGGUGGCGGACUCCAGGUAUCCAACCCGCGCCCCCCACCGCGUUACCGCGACCGGCACACCAAGGUGGAGGGCCGCGGUCGGCGCAUACGAAUGGCGGCGGCGUGCUCGGAUAGGGUGUCCCGCCUCACGCGGGAGCUAGGGCACAAGUCCGACGGCGAGACCAUCCGCUGGCUGCUGCAGCAGUCGGAGCCGGCCAUCAUCGCCGCCACGGGCACGGGCACGGUCCCCGCGAUCGCCGUUACGGGCGCCGACGGCGUCCUCCGCCUCCCCGCCGAGCCGGCCGCCGCGGACGGCGCCGGCGGCGAGCAGCAGCAGCAGCAGCAGGAACCGGACGCCAAGCGCCGGCGCAAGCUCCAGCCGACGCGCGGCGCGGGGGCGGGACCAGGACCCGCGGCACCUGCCCCCGCUGCGGCGUACUACCCCGUCGUCGCCGACCCCCUCCUCCAAGCCAACGGCGGCGGCGCGAUCUCGGUGUCCAGCGGCCUUGCCCCGGCCUCCGCCCCCGCGCCCGUCGGCGCCAUUCCGUUCAUCGCCAUCCCGGCGCCGAGCCCCGGCGCGACGGGCGAGCGCAAACAGAUGAUUCCACCGCCGGCGGCUAUGUGGAUGGUUCCGCAGCAGGCCGGCGCGGCCAACCAGCCGACCCACUAUUGGGCUUUCCCAACCAAUCCUGAAUUCCUCAAUUUCCAGCAGCAAGCCGUCUACGAUGGGGGGCAGCUUGUUGGCGACGGAGAAUCACAAGGCCAGCAGACAGGCGGUUACCAGCCAUGGGAGGGGGAGGACGAAGAGAUUGCCGUGACUGAUUCCAGUUCGGAAGAGUAGCAUUCUCAAGUCAACCAGCUCGGGAUAGUAGUGGUCCGGUGGCGCAAUUCUGAAGUCAACUGCGUAAUCCAAUAUUUCCAAUGCAAAGAGUAGGUAAAAUUAUCAGUCUAGCUCUAUUCUCUUUUCUAGUUGCACUAGUCUCUGUUCUAAAUUACAAGUCGUUUUGACUUUUUAGAAUUAGCAAAUUCUAUGUACGAGGAAAGUUAAAACGACUUAUAAUUUAAAAUAGAGAGGGUAAAAGCUAGUACUGAGUCUGUCCAUUUGGCUAAAAAAUCAUAACUAAAAGUAUAUUAGUUGCUGAUUUAUUAUUAUAUAAAAACGUUGUUGAAUGACCGUUAAGGUUAUCGGGAUGCA